GAGAGGUUCGCGCUGGCGGACGAGCGCACGCAGCGCCUGGCGGACGCGCGGCAGACGGCGGAGGCCCAGCACCGAACCGCCGGCGAGAGCAUCGCUGAGGCCCGCGAGGCCGCCGUCAGCUUCAGCUCCGCAGCCAGAAGGGCGGACGACGAGCUCCGCGAGUCCAAGGCGGAGCUGUGCCAGGCUCGCAAGGCCGAGGCGGCGGUGCGGCAGCGGCUGCAGAGGACGGCGCGCGCUACGCCAGGAGCAGCACGCCCGGAUGGCCCUUGCGCAGAAGGAUGUGGACGUCGCGGCCGCGGCGGCAGAGCGGGCCGCGGCCCAGGCGCGCGCCACGGCGCGGGCCGCCGAGGAGCGGCUGUCGAAGGCAUUUGCCGAGGCCGGCUCCAUCCUGGGCUCCGUCGACCAGGACGGGCAG